CACGAACUGGAUCAAAUCUAUUAAUGAUCAACAAAUUUUCUUAUAACCUUUCUUUUCAUCUAUUUAUUUCAGGGGUGGCGGUGUUGUUUCAGUAGCGUGCGUGAUAAUCGCAGCGUUCAGGCGCGGAUUACUUUCCCGCCCGCUUAUAGGCUGCUCAUCACCCUCUUGUGCAAUGCUUACAUGAGCUUGGGUUAGGAAACCAACCAACCUCCACUCGGGUCCUCAAGAGCAGGUUCAACGCUAGCCGCCGAGGUUGGUUUCUACCUUAUUUUGUACUGGUGCACAGCUUGCUUGUCGGCUCUCCGCCCUAACCACAUCAGACUCCUCUCCUCAUUGCUUGCACUCAUCUGCAAAAUCCAUCAACAGAAACCAUGGCGCCCCCAGCCAUUCAGAAGAAGACUGUCCUGAUCACAGGCUGCAGCACCGGCAGUAUUGGCUGGGCGCUGACGAAGACCUUCCUCGAACAUGAUUUUCACGUCUUCGCGGGGGUGCGCAGUCGCUCCAAAGCCAAGGACCUUGCGGAACUUAGCAACGUGGAUCUCGUUGAGCUUGAUGUGACUGUGUCUCAGACUAUCUCGCAGUGCAAGGAGUUCAUUGCAGAGCGCACUGACGGGAAGCUUGAUGUCCUUAUCAACUGCGCCGGGGUCGAGGGCGUCCGUCCGCUCCUAGACGUGGAUAUGGAAUGGGCAAAGCAGGUCUACGACGUAAACGUCUGGGGCCCUCUCGCCGUUACUCAGACUUUCGCACCCCUCGUAAUCAAGUCCAAAGGCAUUAUUGCCAACCUGAGCUCUAUCGGCUCCAAGAUCCCGAUGUGCUGGGCCGGUAUCUAUUCGAGCUCUAAGGCAGCAAUUGCCCAAAUGUCGGAUACAUUGCGGAUCGAGAUGGAACCGUUGGGUGUGCGUGUCGUCACCGUGAUGGUCGGGUCCGCCAGCACAACCAUUUUCGAUAAGCCUGGCGGCCAGCUCCACCUGCCUGAGACUUCGUACUACCGACGCGACGGCAUUGAGGAGAUGGCGAAUAAGCAGCGAGCCGAGCACAAGAACUCAUGCAUGUCCGUCGAUGAGCUCGCUCCACAGCUGGUCAAGGGCAUUCUCACGGGGACCCAGAAUCCUGUCUGGGCUGGGACAUUUGCUUCUGCGGUGCGUUGGGGAACUUGGUUAUACCCUAGAUGGUUCAUGGAUUGGUCUUGUAACGUGGGUAGGGGCCUAGAGAAGGUAAAGGCUGGCGCCUGAGGUAAUUGAAGACCGCGGGCGUGAAUCUUGAAGGACUCUGUUACGGUGGGAUAGGCCGGAGUGCAGGGGAGAGCUCCGAGUGUUGUCAAUCAUGCGAUGUACAUAGACCUAGAGAAUCAGAUAGCUUCUCAUGAUAUGAGGUAGUGUCAA